AUGGCAGACGACAAGCCUACCGAAUACGUCACCCUCGUCUCAAACGACGGCUUCGAGUUCAAGAUCCUCCGCUCAGCGGCUUGUAUAGCGGGCACGAUCAAGAAAGCACUGGAUCCACUUUGUGAGUCACUCUCUACCACAUGGUUGUUACACAGCCCGACUAACGCAUCAACAGCUGGCUUUCGGGAAAACGCACAGAAUCGCGUUGACCUGCCUACGAUCAAGUACGUCUACUCCAACCAUGCCUCCCUCCCAUUCUCGCUCCAAAAGGUCUGCGAGUACCUAUACUACAACCAGAAGCACGCGGAAAGCAAAGAUGUGUCUGAUAUGGACAUCCCGCCCGAGCUUUGUCUGGAGUUGUUGAUUGCAGCGGAUUAUCUUGAUGGUAUGUCUGCAGAUGCUAGGAUGCAAGAAGGGAGAUUGUGCUAA